AUGAGCGUCUCAAGCGGUACCAAAAGAGUCAAGAGCGGCUGCAUCACAUGCCGGAUCCGCCGCGUGAAGUGCGAUGAGGAGAAGCCGGCAUGCCGACGGUGUAUAUCGACAGGACGGACCUGUGAUGGCUACAGCACACUUCCAUUCUCCAGGCGAGACUUACAAACUGCGAGCCUGUUGGGUUCGCGACAGAGCAGCGCUUGUGGAGAAGACUACAGGCCUGUGGGACCCUUGCCUCGCCUGGUGACGGAUCCGGCCUUCAGUGGUCUCCUGGAGAAGCGAUACUUCCAGUUCUUCCGGCAGCGGACAGUAGCAAGCACAAAUGCCAUCGUCAGUUGCCGCUUCUGGGACCGCAUUGUUCUGCAAGCGUGCCACACAGAGCCUGCAGUUAAACACGCAGUCCUAGCGCUGAGCUCUUUGCAUUCAGUCCGAACUUUAGCAUCUGAUGGCAACAGCCAUAUCCAGCAUCGACAAUAUGCGGAUACACAGCACCAGAAGGCCCUGAAGGAGGCAAGAGCAUUCAUCGCAUCGGCUGGCUCUGAAGAUAUCGACCGUGUACUCGUUACCUGCAUCAUCUUCAUCAUCUUCGAGAGCGUGCGAGGUGAAUAUUGCGCGGCCUCAACGCACAUGGACAGUGGAAGAGCCAUUAUCGCGGACAACCUACAGCGACUGAAACACACAUCGAGGCGGAGAGACUUGCUUGAGAUUGAAAGUGCUUUCGCUCGUUUGGAUCUGCCUGCUACCUGCUUCUCGGACCGCACCUCGCCAUAUCGAUACGGUCUUCAAGACUUCCUCAACACGAAGCCAGCGCUUGAGCCAGAGUGUUUCCAAGACAUCAACGAGGCGCAGAAUUCGAUGAUUGACCUCAUGCGCUGGCUGAUGAUCCUUGGGAACCACAUCGAACGUGCUGUCAGGCGCAACGAUGUUCAAGCCAUUGCUCGAUACUCGGCAGAGAAGACCAGAUGUACCGUGACAAUCAAGCAGUGGCAUUGGCAUUUCGAAGUGCUCGCCAGCGAGUCUGACCUAUCUAGCUCCUUGACCGUAAUCAACUUGCGGCUUUGGUAUGCAUUUGCACAGCUGGCUAUCCAGGCCUACGGACACGGCCCUCAGAAGCAACACGACGGGCUCCUGCACCAUGGGAAGGAGAUCCUACGUUAUGGCGAGCAACUCGCUAAGAGUCUUGCGCAAUCAGAGGUGGCAGCACAGCCAAGCUCAUUCAGCUUCGACUUUGGAUACAUCAUCCCGGUUUACGCCGCAGCGACUGUCUGUCGCGAUCCGUUACUCAGGCGGAGAGCUAUCAGCAUCCUUCAUACUUAUCCGAGGCAAGAGGGCGUGUGGGAGAGCACUGCGGCUGCAGCUGUUGCGGCGAGAUGGGUUAUGGUGGAGGAGGCAGGCUUGGUCGUGACCUGUGCGGACGACGUCCCUGAGCAUCGGCGGAUACGAUACAUUAGUACGAAGGUCAACAUUGAUGGGAAGAGCGCAUGGAUUAACUUGGCUCCUCGGCCGCCUGGAGUCCCUGUGGAUGUCACUGCGACCUGGUGGCCGGGUUGCUCUACAGCAGACGAGCUCUUGAAGCAGAACACUUUAAAUUGA